GGAUUAGAUGGUCCCAUGGGCUAGUGGUCUACAGGGUUAGUGGGCCUCCCAGGUUCAAAAGGAGAAAAAGGCAGAACAGGGGAGCCUGGACUAGAUGGUUUCCCAGGUCUGAUGGGAGACAAGGGUGAUCGAGGGGAAAGAGGAGACAAGGGUGACAGGGGAUCAGUGGGAAAGAGAGGACUAAAGGGCCACAAGGGAGAGCAGGGUCCUCCAGGCCUGGACCAGCCUUGUCCUGUGGGUUGUGGUGAGACUAAAGGUGUUUCUGAGGAGGCAGGGCUUUCUCCCCCUCCACCUCCUCCUCCUUCUGGCCCUGAGGCCCCCUGUCCUGUGGGACAGGACGGGCUGCCCAUACCAGGCUGCUGGCACAAGUGAUGACUAACCAGCAGCAUGGAAUCUGUACAUAUUGAUAUGGUAUAUAUUGCAAUUACAACUACAACCCGCUCCCUUUUUUCCCAUUUUUUUUUUUUUUCUAAAACGUUUCAUAUAAUAUAUUGAGAUUUUUUUAACAAGGACAUUUCUGAGUCUAUAGUAUUAUGAAAACUUUUUUUUUUUAAACUCUAGAGGUCCCGUGUUGAGAAUGCAACUAUAGUUUUGAAGAGAAGAAACUGAACUGUCAGUCAGACUCUUACUUUGAAGGACAGUCCAGAGGACAGAGAUGAAGUGCCUUGACAGUCUAGUGGCCUUACUAACAAAGCCUGACUUGCUGCCUGAUUGUAAUCAUGAACGCUGUACGGUGUGUGCACUCACCCACUCUCACGGAUGUAUGGAUGGAUGGACAGAUCUCUUUGGGAGUAACAGAUAUGGGUCAGUACUCUCCUCUCUCUCUGUUUUCAAAAAAGGAGAAAAUGGCGAAACAGAAGCUCAAACGCAAGCGUCUCUCUCAGCCCUGAAGCGGUGCGGGCCUGGUGGAGAAAGGACACGUAUACAGGCAGAGAGCACACAAGGGGCACACUGGCCUUUAUGAAGCAGAGCGAUGCCUCAGUGUCAUCCUGAACACUCAGAUCCUCUGAUAUGGAAAGUCUCCAGGAGGGAGCGACAGAGAAACCUGCAUUUCCACAUUCAUCCUGAGAAGUAAAGACACACCUGUGGCUAAUAAUGUUGCACAAUAGCUUCAAUGACUUCCAGUCACAGUUACUUGGGAGUCACUGACGUCAAUGGCACAUAAGGAAGGAUUUACUGCACAGAUACAUGAACAAGUUGUGGUGAUUUCGUGUCUGGCUUUUUUAAGGUUUCCACUUAUUAAAUGCAUGAUCAUAGCAAGACAGAGUGUUGUUUAGCAUCCAGCUUGUAUAACUUGUGAUCCCUCAUUGAAACCUCCAACGACAGUAGAUUAAUUUUGAUUUGCAAUAAGCAGUCUUUAAUAAUCUUUCCAUUUUAACAGGCCACUCGGAAAAGUCAGAGAAAUGUAUGGCUUACACUUUUGUGUGUGGUGUUUUGUUUUGUUUCAUUAUAUUCUUACCUAUUUUUGUCCAGUUACAUUUUGCAUUCCUGUCGGUGCCAUUUUUUUUUUUUAAACAAUGUAACGUCAAGGCCAGAUUUGAAGGAACCAUUAACAGUAUUCGUGAUAAAUCAGUGUUUCAGUUGCUUUGACAAAUGAUUGCCAAUCUUAUUAUUUUUUCUUAAUAAUUUUCAGUGUAACUGAUUCAUUUUGACUGAUCGUUAUCUUUUAAUCACUGAUGGAGACAUGUUUAAUUACUGUUGCCAGUUUGACCUGGACAACAAUGUAUGUUCUUGCUGCUGACUUAAAUGUGUAUUAUUUUUUUGAUAUUUUUGAAUCAAUGUAAGUCAUUUGAACUGAAGGACUAACAGACUUUGAGGAAUUUGAAUCAAAUGUUUUCGCCACCAUUGUUGUUUGUAACUAUUCAUUUUAUUUAGCAGUACAUCUUAGGACAACUGUUUAUAACUGUCAGUUAUACUGAAUUUUGUGUCUGUUUUUAAUUCAUUUAUCACAAAAAGUUUUAGUCUUCUUUACUAUCAGAUGACUUUUAAUGGUGUGUCUUGGUCUUUGUAAUACAUUUUUCUCAGAUGGAACAUUUUCUUAGUGUUUAAGUACUUUACUGUACCAAUUUAAAGCUCCAUAUCCACACACAUAUCCAGUUACACAUUGAGCUUUGCUUAAAGAAAUGUUGAACAUAGGAACAAAUAAAUUGUACUUGUGGUUGACUAAUGUACCAUUUCCAAAUAUUAGGCUACAUUUAUCCAGGACAGUUAUUACAUGAAAUCAGUAUUUGGUUCUGUUUGGUACUUGGACAUAAAUCCAUACAUAUAAGCGGAAACAUGUGUUUAUGUUUAUAGUGGAAAUCUGUAUUUUCUGCAUUGAUUUUAGUUGUACCUUUUGAUACAACAUGAAAGGCAUUCAGAUAUACUGUAUAUGUAUAUUCUGGUUGAGCACUAGACAUGAAAUAUAGCAAUAAUUUACAGCAUAAAUAUUUGAAUAUGAAUAAUCUGAAUGUUUUACUGGUCUAAUACUUUUAUUCAAAAACAUCAUACAGUACAUUCUGCUAAACAUUGCUAAUUCAAAUACACAACCACAUUGUAGUGCAAUGAGUGCUGAUUCAGAUCCUUCUUCAUCCAGGGAGUACAUUUUUAUUUCUGACAUCCUCUUUGACAUUAAACGUUUAGUUUAUUUUUGCACAGAUUCCCUUGCAGUAUGCCUGAAAAUUGUAAAGUUGAAUUACCAACAUCACGCAAGGCAAUUUCCUUAUCAGUGGGACACAUAUGUUGUAAUGUCCCACUAAAUCUUUUCACUUUAGAAGGGUUAUUAAGAAGGAUAAUUACAUCACAUAUUUAACCUAUGCUGCAGCAGUCAUUUAUUAAGGCUAAAGGUAUUCUAGAAAUCCUUUCUUUAAAAAACAAAGUGUGUACAUGAGUUGUAUAUCAUAAAGUUAAAAUAGAAAUGCUGACAUAUACAAAAUGUUUGAGAAUGUGUAUUGAAAGCUGGAUAUUUUAACUGUAAACCACACAGUUCUUAGCAUUAUUUCACUGGAAGCUGAAGGUUUUCUGUCACUUAACAUAAUCAUAUGUUUUUAUUUCUUACGCAGAUCCUAUCAAUUUCAGUUGGAAGGCUUAAUGGAGUCAGUAAAUGGCACAGUGUCUGAAUACAGUUUGGUGUUUUAACAAGUCAUAUAUCACAGUAUCAACUUGACUGUGAGAAUGUUUUUUGGUGGUGUAUUUGGUUGUAAAAGAAUUAAGCUAUUUUUGUAAUUACUUGUUGAAAAAUGUAUAACAUAAAAUCUGGUCGACUAAACAGGUAGACUGAAGGUAAAUCUCCAGUUGUAUGAUGUUUCUUCCAAUAAAACAUUAUCAUGUAAAA